AUGGCCGGCCUCGAAGUCAUCUCCGGCGGAAAGCCGUUCUACUACUGCCCCAAAGGACAGAUGAUUCUCGGCGAAGCCCCGAUCUAUCGCGCCAGUGACUCUACCUUGCAUUGGGUUGACUGUCUGGCCGAGCCAGGCGAACUGUACAUUCUCAAAGUCGACCCAGACACAGGCGAUGCAGUCGGCGAAGCCCGCGUGCUGCAUUUGGAUGACAGCGUGACGGUGCAAUUCUUCCGUAAAGGCAAACCGGGCAGCUAUAUUGCCGCGUAUUACCAAGGGGUGUGUUUUAUUGAUGAAGCCACUGGCAAGAUGGAGGUUGUCAAGGAGAUUAUCCCCACUGAUCAGCGCGAUAACUUGCGUUUCAAUGAUGGUGGUGUCGACGCCAAGGGUCGUUUUUGGCUGGCGGAAAUCGAUAAGAAGGCCAUGGCUCAUGGCCCGAAUCAGCUUCCGGCGAGUUAUGGCACGCCCAAGGGCCGUCUUUGGCGGUAUGAUCCGGAUGGAAGCUUGCAUUUGAUGAUUGAAGAUGGGGUGGUUUGCGGUAAUGGGCUGGGAUGGAGUCCAGAUAACAAGACUUUCUACUUCCAUGAUUCUGUCGCCAUGCUCGUUUAUGCGUACGACUUUGACCUCGAGACCGGCAACAUCUCAAACAAGCGUAUUUUGAUUGACCGCCGCGACUCCUUUGGCGAGCCAGACGGGAUGGUUGUUGACACAAACGGCAAUCUAUGGAUCGCCAUGUUCGAUUCUCACCGUGUCAUGGUAUUCACCCCCGAGGGCCGGCACCUGAAGGAUAUCACAUUUACUGCGCGCAACCCCGCCUGCACGGCCUGGGGAGGAAAGAAUUACGAUAUUAUUUUCCUGGCUAGCGGGAAAUGGAGAGGCAAGAGAGAAAUGCCGGGGGAUGAGGGGGGGCAUAUGUUCAAAUUCAAACCGGACGAUGCUCGCGGCCAGCCCAAGCAUGAGUUUGCGGGAUAA